AUGAAACUUGCAGACGGAAAUCAGAGCGACUCUAAACUGUGCACAAUCGAUGAUCUCUGCGCAAUUUUGCAUCCCUUGCAACGCUAUCUACGCAUAAAUUUCAUCGACUAUACACGCAUCAAUGGACGUUUUGCAAUUCCAAGCUCACGGCUGUUGCAAGUAGCAUUAGUUUUGUCGGUUUUAGAUUGUGUUGGUAAUGCAAUCAAGUGUGCCGCCGCUAUCCAAUCAGGGAACGUCACCAAAGCGCAAGAAAUCUUUGCCACUUUUGGCAUGGGCAUCGUGCUGACAAUGCGUGGCUUCUCGUUGGAAUUCAAUCGCGUCAAACUGUCCAAAUUCUAUAACGACAUCGACUGUAUAUUUCCACGUACGGCAUACCUGCAGAAGCAAAUGGAAGUGGCUAAGUGUCAUGGUUACAUUAAGAGACGUUUCUUCUUCCUCCAUAUUAUUAUUUGCAUUGCUUUGGCUGCGUUCUUAUCCAUGCCAUUAAUAAAUUUUUUUAUAUUUUAUGAUUUUGAGGAAGGAGGUCCGGUGGCAGAUGAUUUCCAUGUGAAUGCAUCAUGGCUACCAUUUGGUGUCAAGGAAAACUUAUCGUUUUAUCCGUUCAUAUAUACCUAUGAAUUCGUUUUGGUCAUAGUCUCCCUCAAUAUGGUAAUCACAUGGGAUCAGGUGUUCGUCAUAACUAUUUCCCAACUGUGUAUGUAUUACGAAUACUUGGCUAAACUUAUGGAGCGGAUGGAUGUCCGAGCAGCAAAAGAUCCCCAAACAGCGGGUGCAUUCUUCGAACAAUUGCACGUCUACAUAUACAUUCAUCAACAUCUCAACAGGCUCGCUGGCGAUUUAAACGACAUCUUUAAUUUGUCGAUAUUGUUUUCGGAUAUGGGAAUGGCUGCAUCUAUUUGCUUCAAUUUAUUUUUGGUUUCCGAAGCGUCGGACUAUUUGGCUAUUGCCACAUAUUUUUUAGCUUGCUCGACGGAGACUUUUAUACUCUACGAUGUGUCCAAAUGGGGAACACUGCUGGAGACUGUGAGCUCCAGAAUCAAUGAAGUUUUGUACGAGCAGAAAUGGUACGAAAGCUCAGUCGAAUUUGGCAAGUAUACAAUGAUGUGGAUGCAGGGCUCAAAUGAACCGUCAAGGCUGACCGCUUUCAACAUUUUCAAUGUCAAUAUGAAACAUUUUCAGGAUAUGAUGAUGUUGGCUUAUCAAAUGCUAACAUUUAUGAAAUCGAAGAGUUAAGCAAACGAUAUGCGAGAUAUGUACA